AUGGAUGCUAAUUAUUUUGGGAAAUGCAAAGCGUCGGAGCUUAGAGCGGAAAUUGGCCAAGCUCGAAAGAAAGGCAAACCAAACGCAAGAGUCAAGGUUGUUCUCAAAAAAAUCAUCUCCAACAUAAUCCUCAACAAGGUCGAGCUUGCAUCGCUCAUGAAUGAGGUUGUUUAUCUCCUAACAUUGGAUGACUACGAGAUCAGCAGGCUCUGUUCUCAUUACAUUGUUCAUUAUGCGGCCUACAACCCAGAGGAUGCCCUAAACGCAUUGGAAAUCUACCACCGAUUUGCGCAAGAUAAAGAUCCAUUGUUGAGGGCACUAUCAGUGAAAACAGUUUCGUCUGUGCGGCAAAAGGACUUCUUCCGCCAAGGACUUAUCAUAACACGCCCCUUGCUUGACGAUAACAAUCCACACGUGAGAACUGCGGCUGCUUUUGCUGUUGCACGUUUGUUUCAUGAAAACCAAGUGAAAGUAGUAGAUUCUGGACUUAUAGAAGGCCUAAAUGAUCUACUCUAUGAUGAGAACAAAAACGUCGUAGCCAGUGCAUUAGCUGCCCUAGACUCCAUCAUACAAUCUUCACCCUCCCAUAGUCUCAAUGUGAACAAGGAGCAUCUGCUUUCUUUAAUCGCCGGCAUCGGAACAACUAGCGAGUGGAAACAAGUGUCUUUGCUAGAUGCUCUCAUGUCCUAUGUGCCACAAAGCUCAGAUGAUGCCUUAGAAAUGAUGGAUGCGGUCUUGCCUUGUUUUCUGCAUGAAAAUACCGCCGUGGUUCUAAAUUCCGUCAAGCUUGUGGUCUACUUGAGCAACUUCAUUGCAUCACCAGAGUCAAAUUUCUCGGGAUUAGAUAAGCGGUUGGGUUCAGCUUUGGUGUCAAUGCUCUCCAAACCACCAGAAAUCCAAUUUUUAGUAUUGCGAAACGUGAUCUUGAUUCUACUCGGCCGCAGAUAUCUUGUCGAUGUGGAUGUAGAGCUGUUUUUCUGGAACUUGGAUGAUCCAAUGUACAUUAAGGACACAAAGCUUGAAAUCAUAUAUUUAUUGGCGGAUGAGGGCAAUUACGAGAUCGUAUUCCGCGAGCUCGAGGAAUAUGCGACUGAUGUGGACGUCAAAAUGGCCCGCAAAGCAAUCCGUGCCUUUGGAAACUUGUCCAUAAAAUUAGAAGCCGCUGCGGAUAGAUGCGUUGCUCUUUUGAUUGACUUGCUAGCAGGUGAAUCUCCCCGAAUUGCUCAAGAGGCAAUGAUUGUUAUGACAAACAUUUUACGGAAGUACCAAAACACAUACGAUGACACAUUAGACCACUUUGUCAUUCAUUACAAAACCAUGGAGGAUGAUGAUGCUAAAAUCGCGCUAUCUUGGAUUCUCGGGAAUUAUUCCGAGAGUAUUACAUUUACGAGCGAGGCUCUCAAAUAUCUCUGUGAUACUUAUGAAAAGGAAAGUGUGCCCGUUCAGCUUGCAAUCAUGACAGCUGUGGUGAAGUAUUAUGUUGCUAAUCCUCUGGACGCAGAGUCUUUGGUACUUCAAGUGCUUAAGUAUGCGACUGAAGAAAGCGGCAAUCCGGAUCUUCGUGAAAGAGGAUUGUUCUACUGGCGGAUGAUAACCCAUGAGUACAAUGCUGAACCCGGGCCAAAUCUUCAAAAGUAUACCAAGCAUGUCGUUAUGGAGAGGCGGUGCCAAAUUACGCCAGAUGCUGAAAAUAUUGACCCUGCAAACCUUGAAGAAUUGGAGUUAAACAUUGGAACACUAGCUUCUAUUUAUUUGAAAUCAGUUAGGGUUGUAUUCCGAUUUGCCAAGCAAAAAUCCCUACCAAAAUCUCCGGCCCUUCAAGAGAGAAGAAAAAGCAUGUCCUCACCAAAAAAGAGUAGCAAGGAGACAAACCGGAAGCAUGAGCUGAUGAGAUUAGAUAAUGUGCGCCCGCCACUUUAUAGCGCGCCGAGGAGUCGGAGCACUGCCAGUAUUACAGCAGACUCGCUUGCAGAUUCUGUCGAGAGACCUUCCGAGUCAUUAAAAAAUAAGUUCGUCCGUCGCGCAAGCUCAAUGAUGGGCAAAAAACAUACAUAA